UACUUGGCAGAAGAUAGGAUCUUGUGUUUCGAAAUCGUGGCCAAACCCAAGGCAAACUGGGUGCUUAAAUUCGUCAAGGCUGCUGUUGGAGAAACGGAUUGCCCUGAUACCAUCCCAGAGUUCAUUGCUCAAAGAAGAAGAUGGCUUAACGGUUCCUUCUUUGCAGCUGUCUACGCGUUAAUGCACACGAACCAAAUUUGGCGAUCUGACCAUUCGUUUGCGAGAAAGUCAGCCCUGAUGUUGGAAUCAGUGUACAACUUUCUGAACUUGAUAUUUUCUUGGUUCGCUUUGGCAAACUUUUACAUUUUCUUUGCCAUCCUUACCAGCGCGUUAGAAGGCAGCGCUUUCAAUAUCCCUCAUAUCGAUGUGCUCAAUACCAUUGCACGAUAUGGUUAUCUCGGUGCUUUGAUUGGUUGUUUCAUCUUCGCAAUGGGAAACAGGCCACAAGGUUCGCCUUGGAAGUACAAAGCAGCAAUCUACUUUUUUGCCCUUUUGACUACCUAUAUGCUGGUCGCAGCUGUGCUUUGUAUGGUACAGGCGAUCAAAAAUAUAAACAGCCCAAUUUUUGCCAAGAUGGUGGUAUCACUCAUAGCAACCUAUGGUAUUUAUGUGAUUUCCAGUUUCUUGGCCCUUGACCCUUGGCACAUCUUUACUUGCUUCAUCCAAUAUAUGCUCUUCUCACCUACGUAUAUCAAUGUUCUCAAUGUUUAUGCGUAUUCCAACCUUCACGACUUGUCAUGGGGUACAAAAGGCUCUGAUGCCACCCAAGCGUCAGAUUUGGGUGCUGUUUCCGGCGUGGGAAAGCAUGUCGAAGUGGAACUUGUAACUGCUCAGCAAGACAUUGAUAUUGCCUACCAGGAUGCUUUGGACAAUAUCAGAUUAAAAGGAUCAAAAGUUGAAGCGGAAUCUGGGCCCAAAAAGGAGCAAUCUGAACAAGCCCAGAAGGAUACUUAUGCCAACUUUCGUACCAAUUUACUUUUGCUGUGGUCGCUGUCAAACGCCCUUCUCGCCAGUGCUAUCCUUACGGGCAACACGUCUGGAGCGUUUGAUGACGGUUCCGACAGUUCAAAAGCCACAAUAUACAUGCUUGUGAUUUUGAUCUUUGUUGCGGGAAUGUCCAUCUUCCGCUUCAUUUGCUCAACAGCGUACCUUGUUAUCAGUUUGUUCACGGGUUAAAAGUGUUCAAAAGCCAUAAAGUGAAGGAAUGUUUUAGAAAUGUUCUUGUGUUGUUGGGGUGAUAUACCGAAGAAAGGUAGUUUUGAAUUCCAAUUCACGGACAUUAUAGCUAGCGCCAUAGUGUGCAAUUUAAUAGUGUAUGAC